CGCUGCUCUUGUGCACUGUGUGAGGAGCGUUUUAUAGAAGACACGAUGGAUGAAGAAUUAAAAUGCCCCGUUUGCGGCUCUCUUUUCAAGGAUCCUAUUCUUUUACCCUGCUCACACAAUGUGUGUUUGGCGUGCGCCCGAAAUAUCAUUGUACAGACCCCAGAAGGAGAAACACCUCCGCAAAACCGUGCCUCCGGGAACUCGGACUACGAUUAUUUGGAUAUGGACAAAAUGAGCAUGUAUAGUGAAACGGACAGCGGCUAUGGAUCAUACACGCCGUGCCUCAAGUCUCCAAAUGGGAUACGGGUGUUUCCUCCGACUCUGGUGCACCGCCACUGCUCCAUAACGUGUCCUCUCUGUCACCGUAGUGUCUCUCUGGAUGAGCGGGGACUGAGGGGCUUCCCACGUAACCGGCUACUGGAGGCGAUCGUGUCUCGUUAUCAGCAGAACCGCUCUGCCAACGUGAAAUGUCAGCUGUGUGACCGCAACCCUGUCGAUGCCACUGUGAUGUGCGAACAGUGCGACGUGUUUUACUGCACACCUUGCCAGCAGCGAUGCCACCCUUCCCGUGGACCGCUGGCCAAACAUCGAUUACUGCCACCGACCCAAUCGCCCGCGGCUGGAAGCCAGCAGACGCCCGCCGGCACCAUACGCAAACAGGGAACGUGUGCAGACCAUGACAUGGAGAACUUUAGCAUGUACUGCGUCAACUGCAAGACUCCAGUGUGUAUGAAGUGUCUUGAGGGUGGCAAACACGGGAGUCAUGAUUUAAAACCUUUAGCUGCCAUGUGGAAACAGCACAAGUGUCAACUCUCCCAAGCUUUGAACGGUGUGUCAGAUAAAGCCAAGGAUGCCAAGGAAUUCCUAAUGCAGUUGAAGAACAUGCUUCAGCAGAUACAGGAGAACGGGGUGGAGUUUGAGGCCUGCUUGGUGGCUCAGUGUGAUGCCCUGAUUGAGGCUCUGACGAGGCAGAAAGCCAAGCUCCUCACCAAGGUCACCAAGGAGAGGGAGUACAAGCUCAAGGUGGUGCGUGACCAGAUCACACACUGCACUAUGAAGCUGCGUCAGACCACGGGCAUGAUGGAGUACUGUCUGGAGGUGAUCAAAGAGAACGACCCCAGUGGCUUCCUGCAGAUCUCAGAUGCGCUGAUCAAACGUGUGACGUCGUCUCAGGACCAGUGGGUCAAAGGGGCUUUGGAGCCCAAGGUGGGCCCUGAGUUUGACCUGACCCUGAACACAGACCCCCUGCUGCAGACCAUACUACAGCUGGACUUUGUCCAGAGCAAAGUGGAGUCUGCCACGGUGCCCCCGGCCCCCCUGCUGCAGCUGGAGAAGUGCUGCACCCGCAACAACAGUGCCACCCUGGCCUGGAGGGUCACUGUGCCCCCUAGCAACCCCAUCGAAGGCUACAUCCUGGAGCUGGACGACGGCAACGGGGGUCAAUACAGGGAGGUGUAUGUAGGGAAGGAGACUGUGUGCACUGUGGAUGGCCUCCACUUCAACAGCUCCUACAAUGCCAGAGUCAAGGCCUACAACUCCACCGGAGUGGGGCCCUAUAGCAAGACUGUGGUGCUGAAGACAUCUGAUGUGGCCUGGUUCACCUUCGACCCCACCUCGGCUCACAGGGACAUCAUGUUGACCAAUGAGAACCGGACAGUGAGCUGCAACAGCUACGAUGACCGUGUGGUCCUGGGGACAGCCGCCUUCUCCAAGGGGGUCCAUUACUGGGAGCUCAGGGUGGAUCGCUAUGACAACCACCCGGACCCUGCGUUCGGGGUGGCGAGGAUCAAUACGAUGAAGGACAUGAUGCUGGGGAAGGAUGAUAAGGCCUGGGCCAUGUACGUGGACAACAACCGCAGCUGGUUCAUGCACAACAACUCCCACACCAACAGGGCCGAGGGGGGCAUCUCCAAGGGUGCCACUGUGGGCAUCCUGCUGGACCUGAACAAGUACACUCUAACGUUCUUCAUCAACAAAGAGCAGCAUGGCCCCGUGGCCUUUGAGAACCUGGAGGGAGUCUUCAUGCCUGCUGUCAGCAUCAACAGAAAUGUCCAGGUGACCCUACUAACAGGAAUGGAGGUGCCAAAGAAUAUUAAGCAGCAGUAGCCUCCCAAGGUGUCUAGGCACAGUCCCACCAAUGUCAACAUGGAUUCCUCCUGCUCCACCCCCCCC